AUGCUCAAGAAGGAGCUACACAAUGUGAAGCUUGACCUCGAGCAUGCCACGACUUCCAGGAGAGAGAUGCAGCAGGCGCUGCAGGACCUUGAUUUUGAUAACAACUACAUGAAGAACCGAAAUCCCUAUGUCUUGAUUCUAAUUGAUGGAGACGGACUCCUUUUUCAAGAAACGUUUAUCAGACAAGGCAUCGAGGGCGGCAAGCAAGCCGCUUACGCUCUCCGAACCGCCGUUGCCGAGUACGUUGGCAGCCAGUCGAGUGAAGUUGAAAUUGUCGCCAAAGUUUGCGCCAACCUAUCGGGCCUUGGACGUGCCAUGCGCAGAGACGGCUGUCUAGACAGCGAGUCCGAGCUCAAGGAGUUUUCUUUGGGUUUCACCCAAGCCAAAGCUUCGUUUGAUUUCAUCGACGUCGGUCACGGUAAGGAACGUGCCGACUCGAAGAUCAAAGAGGCCACCCGUUGGCAUUUGCGAAACUACAACUGCAGACAGAUUUUGCUAGGUAUUUCCCACGAUGCGGGUUACGCCCCUUUUCUCGAUGAGAUCCUUCAGGAUGCAGAUACUCGUUCGAGAGUCAGUGUAAUUGAGGGCAUCGCUGCGGUCAGAGAGCUAAAAAACACCAACGUUCAUAUCCUCGACCCGCUGCCCAGCCUUUUCCGAAACCAAAAGCUCAUUGAUAGAAGUGGCGACCGCGCUGCUAACUACAGUGCGGAGGCGGCAUACGCCAGAUCGUCGGUGCCGGCUCCGGCACCUUUCUAUCCGGCUCCAUCGAGGGCCUCGACAUCUUCGCCUGCCUUGGUCCUAGCUUCGCCGACCUCGCCUUCUGCCCCGACAACCUCCUCUUGGGCCGGAGUUACCGCUAAGGCGAGCCCGCCGCCUGUCGUCACGACCCCUUUGGCCAACAAAUCCGUCAAUGUUCCGGUUCGAAAGGCCCCGGAGCCAAAGGCGUCAACACCCGCGUGGAACCCGGGCGACCGCGGCAUCGAUCCUCACAUUCCCAUCAACCCGACGGCCCUGGAUAAUAUUAAGAAACGAACGGGUAAGGACAAGCUGUGCAAUAACCACUACCUACGCGGACCUUGCGCCAAGGGCGACGAGUGCUGCUUUGAACACAAGUACAAGCCCAACGCGGACGAGAUCAACGCCAUUGCCCACUUGACUCGUCUCAACCCUUGCACCAGCGGUCAGGAGUGCGACGUAGACAAUUGCAUCUACGGACAUCAUUGUCCUAGUGUGAUGGGUACCACCUGCACCCACCCAUACUGCAAGUUCAGAGUUGAAGAUCAUCCUCCUGGCACAAAGUUCAAGAACGCCAAGAUUCACGAAAACUGA